AUGGGUCUGAUCAGCCUAGAGUCACGGCUGGGCCUGAUCAGUCCAGAGUCGCGGCUGGGUCCGAUCAGCCCGGAGUCACGACUGGGCCUGAUCAGCUCGGAGUCACGGCUGGGACUGAUCAGUCGGGAGUCACGACUGGGCCUGAUCAGCCCGGAGUCACGGCUGGGCCUGAUCAGCCCGGAGUCACGGCUGGGUCUGAUCGGCCUAGAGUCACGGCUGGGCCUGAUCAGCCCGGAGUCACGGCUGGGCCUGAUUAGUCCAGAGUCGCGGCUGGGUCUCAUCAGCCCGGAGUCACGGCUGGGUCUGAUCAGCCUAGAGUCACGGGUAGGUCUGAUCAGCCCGGAGUCACGGCUGGGUCUGAUCAGCUCGGAGUCACGGCUGGGUCUGAUCAGCCCGGAGUCGCGGCUGGGUCUGAUCAGCCCGGAGUCACGACUGGGCCUGAUGAGCCCGGAGUCACGGCUGGGACUGAUCAGCUCGGAGUCACGGCUGGGUCUGAUCAGCUCGGAGUCACGGAUGGGUCUGAUCAGCUCGGAGUCACGGAUGGGUCUGAUCAGCUCGGAGUCACGGAUGGGUCUGAUCAGCUCGGAGUCACGGCUGGGACUGAUCAGCCCGGAGUCACGGCUGGGUCUGAUCAGCUCGGAGUCACGGCUGGGUCUGAUCAGCUCGGAGUUACGGCUGGGUCUGAUCAGCCCGGAGUCACGGCUGGGCCUGAUCAGCCCGGAGUCACGGCUGGGUCUGAUCAGCUCGGAGUCACGGAUGGGUCUGAUCAGCCCGGAGUCACGGCUGGGUCUGAUCAGCUCGGAGUCACGGAUGGGUCCGAUCAGCCCGGAGUCACGGCUGGGUCUGAUCAGCCCAGAGUCACGGCUGGGUCUGAUCAGCUCCGAGUCCCGAGGCGCCAACUGCCGCGAGCGGCGACGCAUGCAGCGGCUCAACGAGGCGUUCGACCUGCUGCGGCACCACCUGCCGCAGGGGAGCGAGUCGCAGCUCUCCAAGCACGAGACGCUCCAGAUGGCCAUGGAGUACAUAUCGGCCCUGCAGCUGCAGCUCUGCUGA